AUGGGGACCUCUGCAGCAGCCAGGAAGGGUCCUCCGGGAAUUGCCGCCAACAGAUCCGCCAGCCGGGCCCGCAAGAGAUCUCUGAGUGAGUCGGGCUCGGGCAAGGCGUCGCUGGGCUCGGCGUGGAUCUGCCGCAUCUGCCACGGCGACGAGGGCUGGCUGGUGGCGCCGUGCAGCUGCCGCGGCACCGUCGCCUGGGUCCACCGCGCCUGCCUCGAGCGCUGGCUGUCCGAGGCGGGCCGCGACUCCUGCGAGCUGUGCGGCCGCCAGUUCCGCACGGUGCGCGUGCCGCGGCACGGGCCCUGGUCCGGGCUGCUGCGCUGGCUCGCCACCGGGCUCGACGCCAGGCAGGUCAGCAGCCGCAGAAGUGGACUCUCAACGUGUCUACACAGAUAG